UGUGUGCAGAGCUGGAAAAAAAACGUGGAUAUAGACAGUGAGACAGCAGCAGGGGGAGGGUGGAGUGAUUCAACGCGUUAUCUUCCGCUGACUUUUCUAUCCAAAGGGGCCGACGCGUCCAUAUAUUAUAGCCCUCUCUGCUGCUUCUCCUCCCCGGUAACUCUCCCUCCAGCUCCGCCCCGGGCACCAACACCAGCAGCACACCUGGACCCGGACCUGGACCGAGGAGCGGCAGCAGGUAAAGGUGAGGCGGUCGGUGUCAACCAAGACGGCGCAGACAGCGAGAAGGCGGAGGUGGCGGUUGUUUGAGGCUCUCCGACUCUGAAACAGUGAGUUUCUGUGAUUGUUUUUACAACCUGAGCUCAGGUUGAGACGCUCCGGUGAACCGUCGACCUCCACGGCGGCGGAAACGGUUCAAAAGUUUUGUCCGCCGAAGUGUGUCACUUUGUUUUCCGUCCACUGCUCGAGAUAAACGGGCAGCAUGGGUGAGGCACCGGUCAAAGAAGAUCGUACAGUGACUCGAUCAGCAGAGUACGUGGGCUCGUUUCCUGUGGAUGACCUCUGUUUGGAUGACCAGAUAGAGCAGCUGCACACUCAGCUGAAGUCCCUUAGAGCAAGCAAAAGAAAGAGGCCUGUGUCCCUAAAGUUCUCCAUCAAAGGUGUGAAAAUGUACGAUGAGGAUGAAACUACCCUCCUGAUGGCUCAUGCUCUGCGGAGAGUCUCUCUGUCCACCGCCCGUCCCGUCGAUGCCCAGUUUGCCUUCGUCUCCCACAACCCAGGCAGCACUGACGCACAGCUGUACUGCCACGUCUUUCAAGCCAGACAUUCCAGAGCGGCCCAGUUCCUGAACCUGCUGCUCUGCCGCUGUUUCCAGCUGUCCUACUUAGAGAAGCACCCAGAGGAGGCUCAGGAAGACUCUGUGGGCUCAACGCCUCGUAGAAACCCCUCCCUGCUCAACCACGGCUUCCCUCUCAGCGUCAGCGCCCUGGUGUCCUUCAGGAGAGCCCCUUUCAGAGGGUUGUUACCAGGGACCAAGAAGAGCCAAAAGUCUUCCGACGAGCAGCACAGCAGCCAUGAUGAGGUCUUCCCCACUUCCUCCCCGUCUCUGGUGCGCAAGAAAGCCAUCCGGACCAAAGGGCUUCGUUCCGGGGCGUACCGCUCCUUCACCUUCACACCGCUCAAACAGCGCAUCGUUCAGGAGCGACUGAGUGAAACUCAAGAAAAGGACAAAGACAAGAAGCCAUCGAGGAGAUCCCGAGCUCCAAGUUUGGCCGAAACAGAAGAAGCACUGGCUCAAACGGUGUGGUGUUGGGCUGGUAUCGCAACUGACAGCAGCUAUUCGCUGCUUGCAGAUGACGUCCUGGGGUCGUACCUCCUUUGCCCACAUCCGAAAAAACCCAAAUGUGGCUCUGUCAUCAUUCGCUUCCCAUGCGGUCUGAUCACACACCUCAUCGAAAACACCCGCAAAGGCAAAUUUGUGCUUGAGAAAUGCAAGAAGGAGUUUGACUCCCUGGCAGAGCUGAUUGAACACUACACAGACACUCUGGAUGAGCUGCCGUGUCUGCUGAGCUGCGCCCGAGUCAACCACUGCUACGAGUGGGAGGAAAACAUCAGCAAACAGCUGGCUGUCAAACCACACAAGAGCCUGAACAAAGCCAAAACUAAAAGUACCCACAGAAAGCAAUGGGUCUAAAACCUCGGACACUGAAACUUGUGGAAUGCCAACCUCAGAAAAAGAAACUUCUUUUAUUUUGCACAUAUAUCUAUAAUCUCUUAUCUUAAAAUCACUUGGUGUUUUGGGAGGCUUAAACUGAACCACAAUGCGCCUAUUAACAGUGUUGGCACUUAAUGUAUAUAGUAAACAAAUCAUUUCAUCAAAGGGUACUUUUUUGUAAAGGUGUAAUAUAUUUUGUGUGCUGUUUUUUUUGUUGUUGUUUUUUUCAUAUCUUUUAAAAAAAGAUUUUUAUUCAUGCCUUCAAGGCAUUGCAGGAGUUUAUUUGUGUUUUUAAGAUGUGAAACUGAUCAAACACAAUUGAUUUUUUUUCUUUUUGCAUUGUAAAGUUGUUGCAUAAAUAUUAUUCAUUUAAUUUCAGUAAUUAUAGGAGUAAUCCUUAAGACAAUGAUUGUCCUGGUACUAGAAAACAUAAACCAAGACACCAAAUAUUUUAUAUUUUAUAAUAUCUUGUCACCUCAGUGUAUUUGUGCGCUUAUAUCAUUAUCACUAAGAUGUGACAUAUUCAAAUUGUAUGCCUUUUAAAGUGUGUGCAGUCCUAGUUACUGCUAAUUUCAACUGAUAAUGUGUGUAUGCAGUUUAAUGUACCUUGCACACUGGUUUUAACAGUUGUAAAUUAGGUCUUUAUCAUAGCAAUUGUCUGUAAUGUUGUUUGCUCGCUGGUCCAAGAGGAUGAUUCACAAUUUGAGUAACGAUUUUGAUAAAUUUGUACCAUCUUUUCCACACGACACCAACAAAUGGUUUUCAUUUUGUUCAGCCCCGUUUGAGAUUAAACAACAGGUGUUCUCCGUUUUCAACCCA